UAAAUCAUAGACAAUUACUAUUUAUGUCCGCCAUUCAUUCUUUUGAGUUGCUUUUUCGUUUUACGAUUUAAUCCAAAAUCGCAAGGAAUUUGUUAUCAAAGCAGCAUCAGCGCGUAAUAAUACGCUUCUACAAGCAGCUGACUUGAAAAAAUCCGGGUUGUGAAGACUGCGCGAGCAGUGCAACAGCUCGACCGUCUGACGUGCUCCUACCGUGAGAUCGUAUCGUACUUCCAGUGUUCCAGUGAUGCUUCCCUUUUACGUUAUCGGUCGCGACGUUCGCUUUGCGAGUGCCUGAUGGUGUGGAAACUAUGUGCGAAUAACAACUUAAGUAAUCAGAGAGAGGACUCAGUAUGGGGGCGUUUUUGAACAAGCCCGAGACUAAGAAAUAUAACGAGAAUGGGGAAGGAAACUGUCUUCGCUAUGGCGUGGCGUCGAUGCAAGGUUGGCGCGUGGAGAUGGAAGAUGCCCACCACGCGCAGUGCACUCUAAACGGAACUCUGUCAGACUGGAGCUACUUCGCGGUGUUCGACGGUCACGCGGGCGCGCGAGUGUCAGCACACUGCGCCGACAACCUGCUGGAAUGUAUCCUACAGACGGACGAGUUUCGGCGCGAGGAGAUCGCGGAGGCGAUCCGGGCCGGUUUCCUGGAUCUAGAUAAGAAGAUGCGCGAGCUUCCCGAGCUAUCGAACGGUGAGGAGAAGUCGGGCUCCACCGCCGUGUGCGCGUUCGUGUCACCUAAACAAAUAUACAUAGCGAAUUGCGGCGAUUCACGCGCUGUACUCGCGCGCAACGGUCAACCUAUAUUUGCUACGCGAGAUCACAAGCCAGAGCUUCCAUCUGAGAAGUCUCGCAUAGUUCAAGCUGGUGGUUCAGUAAUGAUCCAGCGUGUAAACGGCAGCUUAGCUGUAUCACGAGCGUUGGGUGAUUAUGAAUACAAGAAGGUGCUGGACCGGGGUCCGUGUGAGCAGCUAGUGUCCCCAGAGCCAGAGGUGUCAACUCAUGAGCGCUCAGAAGGGGAGGAUGAGUUUCUAGUGCUUGCAUGUGAUGGAGUUUGGGAUGUGAUGACUAAUGAGGCUCUCUGUGCCUACGUGCACUCACUGCUGCAGUUGACGGACGACCUGGUGGCUGUGACCAAUCAGGUCAUUGAUACCUGUCUUUAUAAGGGCAGCAAAGACAACAUGAGCAUCGUGCUGGUGACAUUCCCCGCGGCUCCCAAGCCCAGCGCGGAGGCCCAGCGCGCCGACCGCGAACUCGACGAGACGCUCCGGAAGCGGCUGACAGCCUUGAUCGAGAAUAGCUUCGGCAGCGAGGAGCGCGAGGACACGGCGUGCCACUUCUCGUGGGUCUUGAAACAGCUCGCCCGGGAGAACAUCCCUGGCCUUCCCCCCGGCGGAGGCCUGGCUGCCAAGCAAUCGCUCCUGGACAAGAUAUACCGGGAGUUCUACCCGGAGCACGCGGACAGCUCCGAGACGUUCGACUGCCAGCCCGAGCUCACGGACGCGUUCGGCGCCAACUAAGCACGCAUCUCGCAUCGACCACCCGAUUGACUGAGACUCAUUUUUGUUUCCAGACUUAAUUGACGUUUCAAAAUGUCAAAUGUGCAGCGAGCUGCAAAAUUGCAUGGACAUAUUAUGAUUGAUUUCGUUCAUAAUAAAUGCAAAUUUGCGGUUGGGUGUACCAAUAUAGUCUGACCCAUCAUUUCCUUCACUAAAACAAGGCAGCAAUUUGGAAAAUAAAGACGUGGAAAGUAAGAAGUUUGGAACUUCAUGUCUUGUUUUAGUGACAGCAAUGGUUGGAAAGACAAUAUUAGAAACUAUUGGGAAGAGUUCAUAUUGUUAAUGUCAUUUUUAUGACAUGUAAUUUUUCAUAGGUACUCCUUAAAAAUACGUCACCAUCUUACCGUCACGAACAUCAAAUAAGAUGAUGCAAUUUUAAUUUCAAAAUAUAACAACGCAUGAAAUGUGAAUUCAGUAUCUGGGAAUUCAAAAUACAUUUUAAUCAAUCAACCAAAGCCAAAAGGAUUCUGUCGCUCGUAUCCCGAUUAGACUUAUUUACACAAUUAUUAAGUUGUCUCCAGUUGUACGCAUAUUAUUUGAAUGCAAAUGGAGUGUGGAGUUCAAAAUUACGCAGAAUUCGUUUGUAAGUCGAUAUCUAUGUUUGUCACCGUAAUUUCUAACUCCAGCUUUUAUUUGCACGUACCGAAGUCAAUGUGUAUGAUUUAUAUAUUUCAGAUUGAUUAGUCUGUUGUGAACAUGUCAAUCAAGGUAGUCGAUGCGAUUAUACUAAAUGAUUUCAAGCGGCUGACUGAGAGUAAUGUGUAGCAAAAGUCAUCUACAUUUUUCAUACUUUUGACACUCAAUUUCAGACAUUUGUUUCACAAGCCUCUCGGGCGGCUCGGUUAGACAGAAUUGCACACUAUCUCACUUCAGUACUAGUUCAUCAAAUCUAUCUAAAAGCUUAUAAAACCGGGAGAUUAUAUGAGUGUACCUAAUAUCGAGAUUAAAUCACUAAUGGUUACAAUUCUCUUGAGAAAGAUGGAAACUGUUGCCAUAGAUAUUUUGGCCCAAAAUUAUUCGGGGAUUCUAAGAUAGUGUAUGAUUUUGUUCUACAAAUUGUACAUGAAAAUCCACGCUAUCUGAAUUUCUUUUGAGAUUGUCGUUGUUUUCGCGAGCUUUGUACAAAACCUGCAACGUGUGACCAUAGUUUAAUAGAGUUAAGAUUGUCUGUGGUAGUCUAGCGCGGCAGUCUCAACAUGGUUUAGUACACAUGCUAAUAAAAACAAUAUCCAGAGACAUCGGGUCUACGAAACUGGAUAUCUAUGGUCACCAAGCAUCUAAAAGACAAGAGUACCUUAACAUAAUGUUUUGCGAAACUAAAUUUACGAACAUUUACACAUUUUUAACGUUACGUAGACCUUAUGUAUCUCUGGUUCUCCGUAUGUGUAACGCUAUGUAAUACUCUAGCCCUCGUCUGUUGUGGAACCGGCACCUUUAAGUCAUAGACUAAAUUAUUUUUUGUUUACUUCUAAAUGUUUAGUGUAUAAAUAGGUCUGUCGUUCGCCGUUCCAUAGCAGAUUCAUUUAAUUGUUUUACCUGAAUGUAAAUGUUGAUGUGUGGCACAAAUUUCCGUUUCACCUUACCGGGUAGGGAGCCAGCGAAACCGUUCUUAUUUUUAUUUAGUCGCGUUACAUCCUCAUUUCGUAGUUUAGUUCUCGUUUUCGUGUUAUAUAUUUUCGGCCAUUCAUAAAUGUCAUAAUACUAGAUGUGUAAUAUGGAUUCGAGUAAUAUAUGCGUAGGUAUACAACCGUUUGCACAUAUUUCUCUGUAAACCUUGUUGUUCUGUGUUGUCCGUGAUAUUGUUUACGGGAUGAUUUGGCACGACGAACUGAAUCAUUUCUUAUACCAAUAUCUUAAAACAAUAACUGUUUCAAGUUGUUUUCAUUCGAAAGCCUAAAAUCUUUUAACGAUUAAAAUAAUGUAUUAAAAUAAAAUUCGCAAUAAAAAAACAUAAUAAACUAGCUUUUUGUAUAUAAUUUCUGUAUUUCAAUUACAUAGUCAUUGUCCAAAAUAUUAAAGUCAUUUUAGGUGUUAUCUUAUGGGAUUUGGAAUUAGGGUAAUAGUGUUUGGGUUAUCUUCCACGGAGCUGUACUUCAGUUUCUAUCGUGUUAUGAAAUAAAAUUGUAGAUUUAAUUAUUGCUUUUAAAUUUUUCUUUUAUUAUGCGUCACUAGAAUGUUUUUUCCUUUUUAUUUGAUAACUUUGGAUUGCUUUGCGAACGCUUCGUACUUAGGAAAUUACUAAUAAAAUGUAUUUGGUUACUCUUGAUGUUUAGGUAUUCACCAUGACCGUACAAAAUGUGAACUGUCAAAAAUGUAGUACGAGAGCCGAUGUUAAUAUAUCAUUAUAAUAAAUCUGUUACCAAAUUUAAAAAAUAAUAGCGGUCUUUUUAUGAUAAAGAGUUUAUUUCUUUUCCUCUUGUAAAUAAAAGAGAAAAUCGAGAAAAUACUUUUGUACCUGUUCGAGAGGUUCAUUAGAGUGUAACUAAAUAGUUUUACGGAACAAAUUUAUAUGCGGCGGUGUCUACCGAAGCUUAGAUGCUGUACUAAUUAUCACGCUAUACUAAGUUGUACGCACUCGCUCACAGCUGACAAAGACUAUAUCCCACUUCUGAAGACAUAUCCGCUGCUGUGUGAGAACAAUGUUCUUGCGACGUGAUUGUCUUUUCGCUUGUUUUGAAACGUAUUUCUUAAGAAGUGAAUCCAAUCGUUGCCUGUGAGCUGUGUGUGUCAAAUGUCUAGUUGAAAAACUUCCAUUAAAAUUGGUCUUUCAAACCAAAUUAGACCUUACUCAUUUAUGAUUGGAAAAUGACAUAACUAACGUUCGUUCAAUUUUGGUUUGACGGGCUAAUAGUUACUGAGUAACAUAGCGCGUAACAGCAAGCAUCCUGUGUCCUAGUGUUUUAACUACAAGAUAAUUAUUGGUGGUAGCGAAAAGCUGUGAUCAAAAUUUUAUUGGCUCAUAAUUUUAUAUUUCGGUUAUGUUAUGUUGUUAGGUCCACAGACCUAGAAGGGCUGAGCUACGCAAGUGUUUCGUACGUUAGAGCGUUUUCACAUUGUCCGAUCCGAUAUCGGAUGUAGGAUCCUACAUCCGAUAAAAUGCUUCCGAUAGUGUCGGUCCGACAUGACCCAAGUGAAACUAAAGCCUGACCAAUAUAUGAUCAUUGUCAAGAGGGCGCUGUUAUUCUCAUGUAUAGGGUGACAGUUCAGAAUAGUAUGAAAAAAUUUGUUUCAGUGUAAUUCCGCAACAUGGCGCGUCAUAUCUGGUCAGGCUUUACUUACAUUUGAAUAUUUGUUAACACACCUUUGCGACCAUGACCAGUGAAACCUGCGUCGAAACGUCGGAAAUAAUGGUAACAAAAUAAAUUCGCGAUACACGUUAUAAACCAUUUAUAAACGUUUUAAUCAAUAUAUUUAACUCAAAACAACAUUCAUGAAAAUAAAAGGCCAAGAGUCGAGAAGAUGGGGAAAUUGUGUUUUUUUUUAUGUUAGGGACAAUGAUCGAGCGACAUACAGCUAAGAUUAAAAUUUAAUAAUUAAAACAUAUAUAGUCAAACACACCCAACUUCUUCUUCUUGCUAGCGUUAUCCCGGACUUUGCCAGGGUCCGCUUUCCUACUUGCCUUUCUCCACUUUGCUCGAUCCUGGGCGACCUUAAUUUUUAAUUAAUAACGAUCAAGCACACUACUACAAACAUGUGCCUACACAUACGCACACAAACAAAAAUUAUCGUCCGACAGCUGACGGGGGGCUCCGACAUGGCUGAAUCUAUCGGAAGCGCGUUUCCGAUAUCGGAUGUCGGAAGGCGCCUAUGAAAAAAACAGCUGCAAGAGAGUGCCAUUGGCGUUAAAUCAACCUUUUUUGCGUUCUUUAUCGUUUUUUAGUAAUAAUGAUUUAUUAAAUGUAUAUAUAAAUACAGAGAAACACAAAUCUGACAUUUUACUUCCUUUCGAUAUUGGAUCGGACAUUGUGAAAACGCUCUUAUACAAAUAAUUCUAGAUUUGUCAAUUCAAAUUGGAUCCUUAUCUUAUAUUUACAGCAGUAAGUAUAAAUCAGGGACCCGUCCACUCUUUCCCAGAAAAAGCAUUAAUGGCUUAGUCGUUUAAUGAAUGAGUUUGAUCCCAACGAUUGGCUUUCCCUUUGAAUUGCUUACCCGUUCAUUUGACUUAGGGUUUUCCCUUUCAGAGAUACCGCUAAAAUGAAAGGGUAUCCCCUUCCUAAUUCAAAAAAUUAUGACAUCUGUCUCUGUCCUGUCAACGCGCUAGACACCUUCCUUCCAGUCCUUCACUUUAAACAUAAAUAAACAAUAUUUUAUUCUAUUUUUACGAAGAGAAAGACGAAAAUGGAAUAAGCGUUAUAAUUUAUAAUCGAUACCCCUUCAAGGGGUUAGUACUUAAGGAACGGGUAUCAGCUUACCCGUAUUAUGGAGCGCUUAAAGUACUGGGCGGGUCCCUAUAAAUUCAAAUGCUAAACAGUCCCUAUUUAUUCAAAGCGGGUACUUGCGUCUCUUAGUCGCUUUAUAAUGUGGUUAGUAUAGACCUAGGAUCAUAGGAUCAGGAAUAAAAUUUUUGCUUCCAUCAAAAAUAUACUUGUUUUAACUUACCUGUCCCCGAUCCAAUGUUGUAGGAAAUAUAUUUAUUUUAAUAUUUCUUUUUACAUAAAACUGAAAAUAACGUAGUGCUAUUAACAUAACUUUUUUUCUCUUGUGAAUAAGACCAGAUAUUGGUUUCAUCGGAAUGAAUGUUAUGUCCAUGAUAAACAGGAUUCCGUAUCUUAAUGUAAAAAAUAUAUUUUUCACACAAAAACUAGAUGCAUUUGUAAAUACGGCAAAGUACAAUUAUAGUAAUGUCUCGGGAAAGUUAUUUCGGUUACUAAUGUACCAGAGUAAUAUUAUAUUCUUUUUUUUAGGUACGGAACUCUACACAGAAACGAAGUUCACGUUUGAUAGUUUUUCUUUUCAUUUUAAUUAUACUUUGGCUUUCUGUCGAAAGUCUUACGGAUUGUCUCGUUAGAACCUAGUAGACGCUUGAUCAAUAAUAAAAUAUGUACCUACAUUUA